CUCAAAGUCAAUCAAAGCUCAUUCACUCUUUCAGUUAGCCCCUAUCUUCCUCUAAAGCCUCAACAUUAAUUCACUUUGCUAAAAUCAUGUUUCUUUCACUUUUUCUUUUCAUCAUUUUAGGGUUUCUUUCUUUCUUAUUUUUGUACUUGUCCAGAAAAAUUCAUCUCAAAUUCCGAAAAUUCACUCCCAUCUAUGGCCCUUCCUCUUAUCCCAUCCUGGGAUGCCUUAUUUCCUUCUACAAAAAUCGCCAUCGACUAUUAGAUUGGUAUACUGAACUUUUAUCGGAGUCCCCCACACAAACCAUUCUAGUUCAACGCUUUGGCGCUCCUCGAACUAUAAUCACAGCCAAUCCGAAUAACGUUGAGCACAUUCUCAAAACGAACUUCAUAAAUUAUCCAAAGGGGCAGCCAUUUACGGAUAUUUUAGGUGAUUUUCUUGGGCGUGGGAUCUUCAACGUGGACGGUGAGCUGUGGAGCGCGCAGCGCAAAUUGGCUAGCCACGAGUUCAGCACAAAGUCAUUGAGGGAAUUCGUGGUGAAAACUCUAGAAGAAGUAGUUGAAACCAGGCUCACUCCUUUACUAGACCAGGCUGCUAAAUCUGGCAAAGUGUUGGACUUGCAAGACGUGCUUAGGCGUUUCGCCUUCGAUACUAUUUGCAAGGUGUCACUGGGUACUGACCCACAUUGCUUGGAUGAUCUCUCGCAUGUGCCAGUUCUCGUAGAAUCAUUCGACGAUGCAUCUCAAGCUUGCGCCAUGCGUGGGAUGGCACCUAUAUACGCUGUUUGGAAAAGCAAGAGAGCUCUCAAUAUAGGAUCCGAGAAGAAGCUGAGCAAAAACGUGAAACGCGUUCACUGUUGUAUUAACGAGAUCAUAGAAAAAAAGAAACGGACGAUCAUUAAUGAAAAUGGCCGAGAUCACAAAAACAUGGAUCUUCUCUCAAGAUUAUUAGUUGCAGGACACGAAGAUGAAGUAGUGAGAGAUAUGGUCAUAAGCUUUCUCAUGGCAGGAAGAGAUACAACUUCUUCCGCAUUGACAUGGCUUUUUUGGCUCACUACCAAUCAUCUCAACGUCAAAAACGAAAUGAUCAAAGAAAUAACGUCGAUUAACAAGGGCGAUAAGCCUCUCGAAUUUGAUGAUUUAAAAGAGAUGAAGUAUUUACAUGCGUGCUUGAAUGAGUCAAUGAGGCUUUAUCCGCCAGUGGCUUGGGACUCUAAGCACGCAGCUAAAGAUGAUAUUUUGCCAGACGGCACAAGAGUUCAAAAAGGCAAUAGAGUUACUUAUUUCCAGUACGGAAUGGGUAGAAUGGAGGAGAUAUGGGGAAAAGACCGGCUUCAAUUUAAACCGGACCGUUGGUUGGAUGAAAAUGGGGUGUUGAAAAGUGUUUGUCCAUAUAAAUUUCCAGUAUUUCAAGCAGGUCCAAGGGUGUGUUUGGGAAAAGAAAUGGCAUUCACGCAGAUGAAGUAUGUAUUGGCUUCAGUACUUAGGCGGUUCGAGAUUAAACCGGUUAACGUAGAUAAACCAGUUUUUGUGCCUCUUUUAACUGCACACAUGGUUGGUGGUUUCAAUGUGAGAAUCUAUCACCGUGGUGGCUAGUGGGUGAAAUGAAAUAUAUUACGUACUAACUUUUGUAAAUGAUAAAUAUAAAUAAACAAGUAUAUAUGAAUAUAUA